AUUCCGAACUCCACCGCUCUACCUGUCUGUCGGAUCGCUUGUCCCAUCGCGUCCCGUUGGUCCGACCAUCUAUCAAAGCCAUUCGCACAUCACUCGUAGCGGCCAUGCCACGGUACUAUUGCGAUUACUGUGACACUUACCUAACUCACGACUCGCCGUCUGUGAGGAAGCAGCACAAUGCGGGCUACAAGCACAAGGCCAACGUGCGCACGUACUACCAGCAGUUUGAGGAGGAGCAGACUCAGUCCCUCAUUGACCAGCGAAUCCGCGAGCAUCUAGGCUCCGUCCCCAUUGGCUCCGGCCUCCCCAUCGGUGCAGCAGCAGCAGCAGCCGCCGCCGGUGCCCCUCCUGGCGGCUUCCCCCAACAGCUGCUGCGGCCGGGCAUGCCCCCCAUGGGGCUUCCGGGCAUGCCAGGCAUGCCUGGCAUGCCGGGGAUGCCGUUCGGCAUGGCCGGUGCUGGCGGGCGGGCGGCUGUGCUGCCGCUGCCCGGGCAGUUCUUUGGCGGGCCGGGGAUGCGGCCGCCCAUGGGAGGCAUGGUGGUGAUGCGCCCAGCCAGAUGAUGGGGAAGGGGAGUGGGCGGAGGGGGGAGGUGGAUUGGAGUUUGUGGGACAGGAGGAGAGAGGAGGGGUGGAACUGGUUCCAGUGCUGCGGUUUUGUGGUCGAAUCUGGGGCGCCCGGGGGAUGAGCCCCCCCCAUGGGCGGAAUGAUGUGACCUGUCAGAUUGAGUGGAGAAGGAGUGGGCGGAGCGACUAUCGCCAGCUGGCGGAGGGAAGGAGUGGGGCGGUCAGGUGGACAGGAGUAGGGAGGGAGGGAGGGAGGGAGAGGGGGAAGAGGGGGAGGGGGUAGGUUAGGGGGAGGGAGUAGAUAGGGAGGGAGAGGAGGGGGUGAUGAAGACGACUAUGUGCAACAGGAGGAAUGGGGGAUGUGUGUGGGACCUGUGGUGGCACUACCGUUGUAGUGGUGAUCUAACCCAAGCGCGCAUCUGUGAGGGGUGCUCAUAACGGCUUCCUCCACUGCGGAUAACAGUUGUAUGGCAGCAUGCUGUGCAGCACUCGCACUCAGAUCGGACAUGUGUCCGUUACACCUUAGAACCGUGUUUCUUUCUACUGCUCGUCUCUACUGCUCGGCCACGGAAGAGAGCACGACACCGCUGUAGCAGCAGAACCAUGGAAUGGAAGAGGUCAAGUGGCUGUCACAGCCAGUAACUGGUGUGAUGGUCCUCUCUGACUGACCAGCCAACCAGAGGAGGGGGGGAGCUCUUCAUUUCUGAAUGUUGCCUUGCCGUAGCUUUCCUACCAUUCGCCAUGUUGCUCUUCAUUUGGUUUGGUUGUAUGUGUUUAAGUACUCUGGUUCACUUCAAUGGUACGGUAUGUAUGAUGGGAACUGACUGGCGGUUACUGAUUCGCCUCUUACAGUAAUAAUUCAGUUACCGGUAC